GUUCCACGUUCGGAGCUUUCUGUCAGACCUUCUUUCGUUCCUCUCAUCCAUUGGUCCCUUGAUUUCACAAACAUUCCCGUCCUGGUAACGACGAUUGUGUGUUUCGUUUGCCAGUUUUGCCGGGCAUGCAGCAGAUGUUUAUAACCGCGCCGCCAUCGCCUCUUCUCUAAGCAAUCAUCCUUGGGGUCUCGGUCUUUAAUCUCCGGUCCCUCUAAAGCAAGCACGCGAGCCGUUCCUCACGAUGAGGCCAUCUACAAACGCCCUGUGGGCUACCGUCGCAUUGGUGGUAUCAGGCAUAUCCACAGUCGAAGCCCAGAGUUUAGAAGAAGUACUCAGCAAGCAAGCGAAUCUAACAACGUUUCGCGAACUGGUCAAGGACCACGCAGAUAUCUUCUCGAAGUUGCCCAAAUCCGGUGUCACGAUCCUCGCCCCAAGCGACUCAGCAUACCUCAAAGGCCAAGGCUGGGACUCAAACAAGGACACCAUCGCCAUCGCCCUCCAAUACGGCAUCCUCGAUUCCAAAGUCGCCUUCAACACCUUCUCCCCAGGCGACUCGAGCAUCAUCUCCACCCUUCUCACCGACGUGCGCUACUCCAACGUAACGGGCGGCCAGACCGUCCUCGUCACAAAACAGCCCAACAACGAUGUAGUCAUCACAUCGGGCGUCGCAUCCCGCACGACAGUCCUCGAGACGGACGUCCCCUUUGACGGCGGGCUGGUCCAGAUCAUUGACAGCCUCAUGGUCACGCCAGCGCGCCUCGAGACCACCGCCCGCGACGCCUACCAGGACCUGACGGCGUUUCUCGGGGCGCUGUACACGGCCGACCUUGUCGCUGAAUUUGCUGAGACGCCUAAUGUCACCAUCUUCGCGCCGCGGAAUGCUGCCUUCCAGCAGGUUGCGGGAACGCUUUCGGGUAUGAGCAAGGAGGCGUUACGCCGCGUAUUGCAAUACCACUUGGCACCCUCACGAGUGGUGCAGGCGUCUUCGCUGGAGAACGGGACCAAGUUCGCGACCGCUGCUACCGGGAACAAGAGCCUGGACAUUACCUUGUUCAACAACGAUAUUUUUGUCAACUCGGCGCGGCUCAUUCAGACAAACAUCCUGAUUGCCAACGGCGUUGUGCAGAUGAUUGACGCGGUUCUCAACGUUGACGCCCCUAACGCUGCCCCGAACGUGACGGCCGUGGCGCAGUCGCCCGUCUUCACGGUCACAGGGACGGUGGAGACGGGGACCGCGGCUCCCACGCCCUUUGUUUCUGCUCUGCCUUGUACGGCGAGCUGUCCGGUGUCCGGCGGCGGAAGCGGUGGCGGGGCUGGAGGGACGGCCACGGGAGGGGUAGCGUCCCCCAGCUCAAGCACCGGAGGUGUCGCCGCGGCGCGGUGCACUGGUCCAGGCCUAGUGGGCGUUGCCGCUGCGGGGGCUGGAUUGAGUUUGGCUAUGGGAGUACUGGGAAUGGAGGCCUUGGGUGUCAUCGUCUGAGGCGGAUUGGCUAGGGAAGAAGAGUGAGGCAUGAUGGACGCAUUGCAUGGAUGGACAGGGAAGGGAUAAGGUACGGCCGACGUCCAAACGGACGGUAAGAUAGUUCGGGCGAGGGGGGCAGAAAGAAGAGGAGAAAGGAGGGGAGUUUACUCAUAUGUUUUACCGUCCGUGGAAGAGACGGCUGGGGCGGUGUUUGGACUUUGGAACUCUGGACAGAGGAGCGGAUGCUGAGAUACCCGUGCUUGAUUUGAGUGAGGGAGCGAGCGGUCGAGCGGCUCGCCAAGUUCGUUUGCUUACUACUUGGCUGUUUACCUUUCUCUCUAACAUAUUGUUUGUCGUUCUCGUAACUGAAGAUGAG